CUCGCGUUAUCACUGUCUCCUCGGGGGAGGUAAAUAAAAGCUUUUCCCAAAGCUCAUCAGUGAUGAAGGCUGCUAGGUGAGCGCUCAGGGCAGCAGGACGGAGCUGCAUGACGGUCGGUCUGACGCACCAGAGCUGCGCUCCCGGCCUGCGUCUCGGACCUUGUGGAUAUGUGAGCGGUGCCGCAGACGCUCCCCUGCCGUGCGUGUGUCCAAUGAUCUCACAAUGUGUUUGAAAAAUGCCGCUGCUUGUCGCGAAUGUUGCGGAAAACUUGUAGAGGACUGUUCGCCUUGCUGCUACUAGUGUUGGAGUGGACCCGUCCAGGCCUACCGUCCCCACCAAGGCCAAUCUGUGACCUGAGGGUCCUGAACCAUUUCAUCCAGGAAGCACGAGACGCAGAAGUCGCUAUGAAAUCAUGUAGGGAAGGAUGUAGUCUGACAGAGGCCGUCUCUGUUCCCCAAACCACUGUCAACUUUGAGGACUGGGAGAAGAAAAAUGCGAUGGCGCAAGCUCAGGAAGUGCAGACUGGACUGUGGCUUUUACAGCAGGCCCUCGGCUUACUACGGACGUCGAUGACAGACGCAGAACUCAACGGCCACAUAGACACCGCCACCAGAAACCUGGACAGCAUCACCGCUGUGCUGCGAAGCCUCAACUUUCCAGAAUACACCCCGCCGGCCAGCACUGCGGGACUGGAGGGAACGUGGAGCGCGUCCUCGGCAGCCGAGCUGCUCCAAGUCCACCUCAACUUCCUGCGAGGCAAAGUACGCCUUCUUCUUUUGGACGCGCAAGCCUGCCAGCAAGACGUCAGCUGAUCGGCAGCCCGGCUUCGCUCCGAGCCUUACAGCACCUUGUGUUUCCAAAGGCACAAUGGAGGAACUUGACUUUGCACGACGGCAGCUGCGCGGGGUGGUGUAGGACGAGUCCUCGGGUGUGAGGAGGAGGGAAAGGGCUGUCCAAGCCAGGGUUUUUUUUGGGAUGGACUGGAGGCGACCGCCGCGUGGAAUGUAAAUGUGUCUGCCGGACGUGUCGAAACGAUCCCUUUUGGAAAGCACUGCUCCAUUCGCUCUUCUACAGGCACGCUCUUGCACUUUUCGAGUGGAUGUCAAAUGUCGUGAGCCGAGACUGAACUUUUUUCAGCGUCCUUUGUCUGUUGGCAGAGGGAAAAAAAGCAGCGAGAAAACACCGUGGAAAUACUGGACUUCACCAACAUGCCUUAAUCUUUUUAUUUAACUGUGCCUCAGAGAUAUAUAUUGGUCUUGUCUGUUAGAAGUGGUCAGUAAAUGUAUUAUUUUUUAGUCGUGUAGAAACUAUUUAUACAGAUUUUCUAUUUUUAGGCUACUGUGUGUGUGUUUGUGCAACGAGGUCCUCGCCGUCUGAAGCAACCGCGUUGUCACGCUCACUUUUUUUUGUACACUGGAGAUUUUGUAUCCGUGCAAAGAUUUGCAAUAUAAAGCUGCUCUGACUUUCUUUUCUUUUUCUUUUUUUGUUUCCUAACGCUUGUAUCUGAACAUGCGUCACGGUUUUCUCCAGCAGGCCUGUGGCAGAGCUGAUAGUUGUAGAGAGAGAGAGGUCACUGCGGUGGCUUACAUGGGAACCGUUAUCUGUGUUUCAGUUUCUGUCUCACCCCAACACUCAUCCUGGCUCCAUGCGCUGAUAGCCAGACUGCCUGGAAAGUUCUACUAUUAACAUCCUGUAGAGCUGUAAUUACCAACAUUUGUUUUUCCUCCAGAACCUGACGUUAAAACACUGUUUUUUUGUUUUUUUUCUCUCCACCAUCCUUACUCUCGUCGUACGUCACCAGACAAUCUCCCAACCCUGGGAAGUUUAGGCUUUUCUCUUAAAAGGGAUGCUCGGCUAGUUCACAAUUAAUUAUUCUUCCUUGUUUGUUUUCCUGUAUUUUUAUAUGUUGCUGCGCGAGAUGUGUUGUCGAGGAUGUGCGUGUCUUAUUUUCUUUCCUGUUUUUUUUUUUGUAUUGUUUUGAUCCCAUCGCUGCAAAGAUCCACUAUUUAAAAUGCAAAAUGUUGUUCUUGGAUAAAGAAAGACUAGAUGGAAA